ACAGAGCAAUGCCUCUGCAACACCGGGAGAGAGAGAGAGAGAGAGAGAGAGAGAGAGAGAGAGAGAGAGAUGGGGGAGGUGGGUUUGACGGUUCUAACAUGCCAUAAGAGCUUCUUGUUUAAGGGCAUUGGGGUGAAAUGCGGUGGAGUACUGGAGUUGAAGGGGAAGCAUUUGCCUGUAAAUUACCCUUCAAAGCGUCAAUGCCAUGAUCAGCGAAAAAUUACUCAAUCGAAAUUACGAUCGCCAUUGGUCAUAAAGAACCAGAUGACCAACAAACCCGCCACUUAUUCCUCCAGAAUUUCCACCGACGCCCCUCUCUUCGAGUCCCCUGAGGCUUCUUUCGACGAAUACUUGGAGGAUAAAACCAGAGUGGUCAAAGCAAUUUUUCCUGACAAACGAAGUAGCCAACGACUUAACGAGGAAGAGUGGAGAAUCCAGAUGUUGCCGUUGCAAUUCUUGUUCCUUACGGCCUGGCCGGUAAUCUACAUUAGGUUGAGAUAUAGAUCGCGAGGGAUCGGUUAUCCCCCUGGCAUUCCCCGAGAUAUCACGAAGGUUGUUGAGCUUGACAUCACAAGGUGGGAGCUCCAAGGGCUAGAUAACAUUCUCAAGCUUUCAGAAUUUUCCCUUUGUGUUAAAGGGUCUUUGUACCCUGAGAGACGCGGAGCACGAAGCCAGUUGAAAUUUCAAUUGCAGAUGAACAUAAGCUCAGCUCUUCCUCCUGUCCUUUCGUUGGUUCCUGAAGAUGUUCGUUUCGGGGUUGUGGAAUCGGUGCUCAAGACAUUGGUGGAGGACAUGAAGCGCAAAGUUAACGGUAGCUUGUUAGCUGAUUAUGGUGAGUUCAAGAAGGAGAAACUCAAGGCCAAGGUUUGAGCUUCUUACCGCUAGCUCCAGUGAUUGAUUCGGAGAGGUGGAAUAGUUCCAGACUCGAUGGAUACGAAAGAACGAAUUAGAAGAACGGGACAACAGAAAGACGCCUACGAUAAACCUUGCAAGUAGCGACCUUGUAAAGAAGCUUCAGUUUAUUGCGUUCGCAAUGUGUGUAAAUUGUUAGAUGGUCGCCUAUUUUAUUCCCAGCC